AUGGAUCAGCCAACGAACACGCAGACACCGCAUCAACACGAGCCCAUCAGCUUCGGGAUUGAUCAGAUUUUAAAUAGUUCUGAUCAGGAGACCCCUUCCCAGCCCGCCCCCCGAGGAUCAGACGGCGGCACCAAUUACCUGGGCAGCCCCGUGAGCAGCAGAAGCGGCGGCCCGUACCCUUCCCUCCCCGGCGCCUUUGCUGGCAUCGGGGCUCCCUUCGAAGACUCUGGAUCUUACAGUGUGAAUCUCAGCUUGGCUCCAUCUGGCGUGAUCCGGGUGCCAGCGCACAGACCCAUCCCUGGGGCAGUGCCACCUCCAAUUUCCAGUGCCAUCCCAGCCAUGCCAGCUGUACCCAGCCUUGGCAGCCUCAACUUCCCUUGGAUGGAGAGCAGCAGGCGGUUCGUCAAAGACAGAUUCACAGCAGCGGCGGCGCUCACGCCUUUCACGGUGACGCGGAGGAUCGGGCACCCCUACCAGAACCGCACUCCGCCCAAGCGCAAGAAGCCGCGCACCUCCUUCUCUCGGGUGCAGAUCUGCGAGCUGGAAAAACGGUUCCACCGGCAAAAGUACCUGGCCUCGGCCGAGAGGGCGGCGCUCGCCAAGUCGCUCAAGAUGACCGACGCCCAAGUCAAGACCUGGUUUCAGAACCGCAGGACCAAGUGGCGGAGGCAGACGGCGGAGGAGCGGGAAGCCGAGCGGCAACAGGCGAGCCGGCUGAUGCUGCAACUUCAGCACGACGCCUUCCAGAAGUCGCUGAACGAGUCCAUCCAGCCCGACCCGCUUUGUCUGCACAACUCCUCGCUCUUCGCGCUCCAGAACCUCCAGCCUUGGGAAGAGGAAGCCGCCAAGAUCCCCCCCGUCACUUCCUUGGUGUAA